CGCCCGCCCGCCCGCGCCGUCCCCGCAGCGGCACCGCGGACCUGACCUCGCGCGGAGAUGGAGGUCCUCGAGGUGGAUGCUUCAGCCCAGCAGGAGCGGCUGCAGGCCAUUGCAGAGAGGCGGAGGAGGCAGGCGGAGAUCGAGGGCAAGCGCCGGCAGCUGGAGGAGGACAGGAGGCAGCUGCAGCACCUCAAGUCCAAGGCCCUGAGGGAGCGCUGGCUGCUGGAGGGGACCUCUUCCUCGGCCUCAGAUGGGGAGGACAUGAGGAGGCAGAUGCAGGAGGACGAGCAGAAGGGCCCCGGCACACAGAGGCCUUCACACCUGCCCCUCCUCAGGCUGGAAAAGGAAAUCGACGUGCUGGAGAACGGGGAGCCGGCCCCUGCCCCCUUGAGAGAGGACAAGGCAGUGUCCAGUCCAGCCCGGACCCUGGCCCCCAGCCCAGCCAAGGAGCAGCCCCGGGGGGACUUGGUGUGCAGCCCAGAACAGACCCCGCCGGGCACGCCCAAAGAGAAGCAGGUGUCCAACACCCCUGUGCGGACCGUCGGAGGCUCCCCCAUGGUGAAGGCAGCCAUGUACUCAGUUGAGAUCACUGUGGAGAAGGACAAGGUGACAGGGGAGACCCGGGUGCUGUCCAGCACCACGCUGCUCCCCCGGGAGCCGCUUCCUCAGGGCAUCAAGGUCUACGAGGACGAGACAAAAGUUGUCCACGCCCUGGACGGCACCGCCGAGGACGGCGUCCACCCUCUGAGCUCCUCCGAGGUGGACGAGCUCCUCCACAAAGCAGACGAGGCCGCUCUGAGCGAGGCGGGGUCCACCGCUGGGGCAGCCGAGGCCGGGGGGCCCGUGGAGGCGAUCCGGUCCACGCCUGCCCGGCGCGAGAUCCCCGGUGUGCAGGCUCAGCCUGGCGAGGCCACCUCGGGUCCGCCGGGCACCCAGCCCGGCCAGGAGCCCCCGGUCACCAUGAUCUUCAUGGGCUACCAGAACGUGGAGGAUGAGGCCGAGACCAAGAAGGUGCUGGGUCUGCAGGACGCCAUCACGGCCGAGCUGGUGGUCAUCCAGGAGCCCGCCGAGACCCAGGAGCCCGCCCCGCCCAAUGGCAGUGCCGCCGAGCCCCCUGGCACCGCUGCAGGCGCCAGGGAGGAGAACCAGGUGGGGCCCGAGGCCACCGCCAGCGACCCCCAGGACCUGGACGUGAAGAAGCAGCGCUGCAAAUGCUGCUCCGUCAUGUGAGCCGGCCCGGCCCCCAGACCCUGGCCCCCCCUCCACACCAGACUCCCGCCAGCCCGGCCCCUCCCGGCGCCCGCCCACCCUGCACCCAGACCUCACGGGCCCAGGACCUGCGAGUGGCUCCACGUCCCUGGAGUUUUCUUUCACUGGAGGAGGGACGGCCCCCGCCCGCCGGCACCCCCCGCCCUCAGCCCGGACCCCGAGCCGGGCACUGGUGCAGAGAAACGGGCCGGCCUGCUCCCCCCGCGGGGACCCCCGACCGCGGCAGCUUCACGACGGGGCUCGCGCCCACCCGGUCCUGGUCGGUGUGGCCUCAGGCCGCCGCCUGUGCCUUCCUGCCACCUCCCACGAGUGUCUGAGGGGACCAGGAGCGGAGGGGUCCCGGGGCCUGGCCGUGGGACUCUCAGGGCCCUGCCAAAGGCGCUGGCCCCCAUCCCUGGGCCUGGGGUGAGGCCACGCUUCUGACGGGGCUGGAGGUCUUAGCAUGCAGCACGGGCUCCUCUGGACAUCUCAGCCUGACAGGUGCCCCCACAGGCCCAGCCAGUGGACGGUGGCACGUAGGGCGGGGACUGGGGGGAUGGGCCCCAUGGGGAGGGGUCUGUGACCCCUGGGCUGUGUCCUAGACCGGGAGGGCUGGGGUCUGGGAGCUGCCCCCAGCACCAGGGCCACAGGAGCUGCUCUUGUCCUGAGUUUCUGCCCCCCCACUGGGACCUCCUUCCUCCUGGUGCUAAUUUGGGGACCCCAGUGGCCGCUCCUGGCCUCCUGUCCAGCCUGCUUGGACCAGGGUCUUGGGUUCCCCUCACCCGACCCAAGAAGUCCGCCCCACCUGCCAGCUCUGCUGGGCUGGGAGCAUUUCUGGGCCGGGGGGUCUCCCUGGCUGGAGCCAGAGACCCUGUGGGCCACCCAGCCCAGGGUGGGCCUGCUCACGGCCCUCACUGGAUGUGGCAGGGGCUCCCUGCCCCGGGACGGCCCUGCGAGGCCCCGGAGGCACGCUCCUGCCCACUCUCACAGCCCUCUCCUGGAGCGCUGGCUUUGGCGGACAGGCCUCCAGCCCAGGGCCCGCCCUCGGGCCUUCUCUUGGCCAGCGGUCAGCUGCUACAGGGUGACCGCAGGGACCGUGCUGGACGGGAGCUGGGGUCCUGGCUUCAUGGAGCCCCUCCGGCAGCUGGGAGGAGGGGUGGUCUCUGCGGGUGGCCUGGGCAGUGGCCAUGGGGCCCUCUCUUCCUCCCUGGAAUCUGCCCGAGCCCCUCGAGCCUCGAGCCUCCGCUCAAGUGCCCUUGCUGCCCUCCGCUUCUGAUGUGUGACGAGGCCCCGAUGAAGCAAAUAAACAGUGCCA